AUGGCCGAGUGUUCAGAUCAUAGCAGGUCUGUAAUUGGAGGUUCUGAUGAGGCAGAAGUUAUUUUUUGUGAACCUUGUGAACAAGAUGGAAGACAGGCAGAGGCUGAAGGUUUCUGUGUUGACUGCCCUGAAUAUCUCUGUGGACAAUGUUACAAGAAUCAUAAACUUUCUAAAGCUUCCAGGAGCCAUGUUCUUCAGGAUAAACACACUAUGCAUCAAACUGUGAAGGAUAAAUAUGUAAAGGACUUAUGUGUAACAACAUGUAACCUUCAUGUAGACAAGGUCAUUGAAUAUUUCUGUUCGUCUUGUGACAUGCUUGGAUGUACUACAUGUAUUACAUUAAAUCAUAGGCAAUGUGAUAUAGUGGAACACAUUCCUAAACUUGUGAAAGCUAUAAAUAUCACAGAUGAUCUACAAACGUAUGUAGCUAAAGUGGAUGUCAUGUCUCAGCAAGUUCAAGAUGAUAGAAAUACACUGAACUCAAUGUCAGCUAUAGCUGAUGAUAUGAGAAAAGUAGCAAAAACUAUGCUGAAGAAACAACGUAAAGAAAUUAACAAUUUCUUUGAUAACUUUGAGAAGGAAAUGGAGAACAAAAUUGAUAAAAUACAUGCAAGUAAUACAAUCACCUUCACUAAAAUGUCUACAACAUUCAACAGCAUGGACAAACACCUCAAAGAACUGAAAACAAAGAUUGAUGUGAAAAUGAAAGCUGGUCAACACUGUUAA